UUUGCGUUUUGCUUCCGGGUCGUACCAUGGCGUGUAGCCGAAAAACAUGUGAGUUGUGAUUCCAGUGAAACGGAGACUAAAUACAUCUGAAAUAUUAUCAGUAAUGGCAUCGUUGGAGGAGGACUUCCCUCGAGGAGGAACAGCAAAGAAACCCUCUGAGAGCAAGAUAGUGGUGCAUCGGACAGAAGUGGACAACUUGUUUCAGUCAAAUGAACAAGUGGAAACAAAGAAAAGAAAGGGUGCAGUCAAAGAUGACGGCAAGAAGCUUAAGAAGCAAAAGAGUGAAAAAGAAAAAGAUGGUGGUCUGACACUGAAUGCAGCUGCGAAGUGUGUUGAGAUUCUGCACAUCAAGAAUAUCAAGGAGGGUAUGUCCAUGCUGGGAUGUGUAAAGGAGGUUACAGACUUUGAGGUGACUGUUGGCCUCCCUUGUGGCCUGCAAGGUUUCCUCAGCAUCAAAAACAUCUGUGACUCAUAUGCCAAGCUACUCAGUGAGCAACUGGAUUCAGCUGAUACAGAGGAGAUCUGCUCUCUCCCUCACCUCUUCUACCCUGGCAUGGUGUUGAGGUGUGUGAUUGCCAAGUUGGAUGUUUCCAAAGGAGGAUCUCUCAGCAUCCAGUUGUCAGUCAAUCCAAAGGAGGUCAACAAGGCGCUUACUUCAAGCUCUCUGAAAGCAGGCAUGGUCUUGAGUGGAUGUGUGGACAGUGUGGAGGAUCAUGGAUACAUAGUUGACAUUGGCAUCAGUGGAACAAAAGCCUUCCUACCCAAGAAACCUGCAAAAGAUACUCAGAGUACAAAUGAACUAAAAGUGGGUCAGUAUUUGACUUCUCAAGUUGAGGAGGUAAAGAAUGAGGGCCGUGUGGUCCACCUUUCAGUCAGCCCCCCCAACAUCAGCCAGGCUUGUGCUGAAUCCAAACAGGGCUGGAACCUUACCAACCUUCUGCCUGGACUCCUGGUCAAAGCUACUAUCAAAAAGGUGACAAAACAUGGUCUGCUCUUGGACUUCCUGUCCUCCUUCAGUGGCCAGGUGGACUUUCUCCACAUGGAGCCAAACCAGGAAUCCAGCUACACUGAGGGAUCUGAGGUGCGAGCCUGUGUGUUGUAUGUGGAGCCAUCCACUCGUCUGGUGGGUCUGAGCUUACGGAGCUACCUCGUUCAGCCUGGGAGAAGAGUUGAGGCCUCUCCUGCAGGCAGAGAUCGCAUUGGUGAAGUGGUGAAGGCCUGUAAGAUGACUUGUAUGCACCACAUGUCUGGAGCCAUGUUGGAACUGCCAGACAAAACAGUAGCUUUUGUACAUAGGAACCACCUGAAGGAGCCAAAUGUUCCAUUAAAUGAGAACAGAGUAUUAGCAAUGCCUGAGCACACCUGCAGGAUCCUGACCUACAGCCCCAUGGAUGAAAUUUAUUUUGCUUCUCUGCGCAAGAGUGUGAUUGGAAAGCCUUUUUUUAGAUACCAUGAUCUUCAGGCCGGUCAGGUUGUAGAGGGGACGGUGUCAGUCUUGCUCAAUCAUGGCAUGGUGGUGCAUCUGUCUGACCACAUUAAGGGCCUCGUGCCGCGGACACACCUGUCUGAUAUAAUUCUCAGGAACCCCGAGAAGAAGUACAUGGAGGGCAUGAAGGUCAAAUGUCGGGUAAUGUCAGUGGAUGCUGAGAAUAAGAAGCUGUAUCUAACCAGGAAGAAGGCUUUGGUUGAAAGUUCCCUGCCGUUGUUCCUCAGCUACAGCGAUGCCCGUCCUGGCCGCGUGUCACAUGGCCACAUCGUCUGCAUCAAAGACUUUGGCUGCAUCGUUCGUUUCUACAACAAUGUAAAAGGUCUAGUGCCCCCUAGUGAGCUCAGCUCUGAGCCCAUCACCUCUCCUGAGGAGGUCUUCUAUGUGGGCCAGGUGUUAAAGGCUAAAGUUCUUCAGUGUGAUCCGGAUAAGGCAAAAAUGAUUCUGUCCUUCAAAUCUGCAGUGGAACGAAACACGGAAGAAGCUGUUCAGCCCCAGCUUGAAUGUGAAGUAGGACAGAAUCUGGAGGUCAGGGUGGUGAAAAAGUUACUGCACGGUCUUGAGGUGGCAAUCCUCCCUGAUGAGAUUUGUGCCGUUCUACCUACAAUGCACCUUUCUGAUCACAUGUCCAACUGUCCUCUGCUGUGGGAGAGCCUGAAGGAGGGAGACAGCAUCUCCAACCUCAUCUGCUGCAACAAGAACAAGCAGAAUAUUACCCUCACCAAGAAACCAACAGUGAGACUGGCUCUUGAACAAGGAAUGGUUGCUAAAGAUUUCUCUGAAAUAACAGUUGGGAUGCAUUUGGUCGGCUGGAUCAAGAACAUGAUGUCCUAUGGCGUCUUUGUAGAGUUCCCAUACGGCCUUGUUGGUCUUGCACCCAAGUCGGCCAUGACCCACAAGUUCAUCACUGAUGCAACAGCAGUCUUCCAGCUGGGCCAGACAGUGAUCGCUAAAGUCACCAACCUGGAUGAGGAAAAGCGGCGUUUCCUGGUCACUCUGAAGAUUUCAGAGAUUGAAUCACCAGAGGGAGAUACAGAGACCAGACUCAUUAGUGGUCUGGAGGAGAGAAGAGCUGUGACUGAAAUGUUAGUUAUAAGAGAAAACAGUGAUCUUCGCCAGCAGCUGGCUGCUCUGUCUGUCGGGGAGAAGCUGAAGCUUACAGUAGAUACAAUGAAGGAAAACGGUGCCACCUUUACGUCAGAUUAUAUGGCAGGUGCUACCAUAAUGGCCACAAAAUACCAUAUCAUGGGUGUUAACCUGAACCCUGGACAAAAAGUGACUGCAGUUGUCCUCCAUGUUGACAUCCUGUCCUCAUGUGUCCACGUGUCUGUACUUUCCAAACUUGUGGGGAAGAAGACAUCCCUAACCAAGGGAUUAAAGUGCCAAGCCUUGUUGCAGUACAUUGACAAUGACUUUGCCGUCAUCUCCUUGGACAAUACCGCACAGUUGACUGUGAUCCAAACGACAAAUCACCUGAAUGAGAUAUUUCGGUCCGAGUCAGAAAAGCUGAAGGUUGGGAUGAGUUUGGCCAUUGAGGUAAUAGAACCCAGCUGUCAGGGACUGCAAGGGCUCCCUCUGGUGGCGUGGGCGCGCACUACACCAAAUAGACAGCGCACAACCUCAGAGAAUCAGAGAGGUCACAGAUUUGGUGAAAUUGUGCAAGGAAAGGUGAAAACUGUGAAGGCUACUUCCAUUCAAGUCACACUUGAGGACGGGAGCACAGGCAGCGUGCACAUGUCAGAGGUUUUGGAGGGUUCAGAGGUUUGCCAGGGGUCCUUCCCCACAUCUUCUGUAAAAGUUGGCAGCAUGGUCACUGCCAGGGUCAUCGGAGGACGAGAAGCUUCCAGUCACAGAUUUUUACCCUUUUCCCAUCCCAAAUUCACCUACACCAUUCCUGAGCUCACUCUGAUACCAAGCAAAAUGGACAAGAGUACAGAACUCAAACCAGUCACAACAAAAGACAAACUACGCAGCUACAAGGUCGGGGAUGAAAUUAUAUGCUUUGUAUCAAAGUUUCACCCAGCAAAGAAGUCUUUAGAGGUCGCCAUUGAUCCAUGUCUUACUGGGACAGUUGAACUGUUGGCCAUGAUCACUGAUCCAAAAGAUGCUGGCCACCCAGAGAAACUUUUCAAGCUGGGCAGUGCAGCAUAUGCCACAGUGGUUGAAGUGAGCUCCAAACCUCAGCGCUUAGUGCUAUCAUUCACAGGAGUCCAUAAACUUGAAAAGGGCAGCGUUUCUCUUGGGAUAGUGACGAAUAUUCAGCCACAUGUUGGCCUUUCUGUCAAACUUCCCUUUGGCGGCACGGGCAUUGUUGCUGUCACUGACCUGGCUGACACAUACAGGCCGAACCCCCUGGAGAAGUACAGCAAGGAUCAGUUGCUGAGGGUUUUCCUUCUUUCAAAUGAAAACGGCAAAUGGCAUUUGUCUCUACGCCUCUCAAGGCUGAACCCACAGCAGGCCAAGGCAGUGAAGGACCCAGAGCUUUUGUCUUUAGACAACCUAAAGGCAGGACAGAUCAUCAGGGGCUAUGUCAAGUCUGUAGGAGAGCAAGGGGUCUUCAUCAGAUUGUCAAGAAGCAUCACAGGAAGAGCUCAGCUUCAGCAUUCCACCAAUUUCUUUAUCAAAAAUCCCCAAGUCCUCCGUGAUCACCUUCCUCCUCACACCCUGCUCACUACCAAGAUUCUCAGUAUUGACAAAGAGGAGGAGUUGGUUGACUUGUCUCUGCUCCCGGUGGACACUGGGAAGUCAGACAUCCUCCCAGAGUCUCUGGGUCUGCCACUGCGUCUCAUUGGAGAGGAGAAAAAGAAAUAUGAUGCUCUGAAGAAGACCAAACGCCCACUGUCUGAAACUGAACAGAAAGAAGCAGAGGCUCAGGUCCCAAAGAAGAAGAAAAAAAACAAGAAAGCAAGGGCUGAAGACAGUGACAGUGGAGUGGAAGUUUACUUCAGAGAAGAGGAGGACAAGGAAGAUGAGGAGGAUCCAAAAUCUGGGCCUGUGAAACAGGUGGCGCAAAGCUUAUCUGGUCCAUCCAGACUGCAGGUGGCAGCUGGUUUCUCCUGGGAUGUGGGUCUGAGCUCCCUUAAGCCUGCUUCUGCAGCACAAGAGGGAGAUUUAAGUGAUGGAGAUGAUCAAGAAGGAAGCAGCAAGCCCCAAAAGAAGUCACGCCAUGAGCUUGAGCAGGAGAAGAAGGCGGCAGAGAAGGCCCUGGUGCAGCGAGAAAUGGAGCUGAUGGAUCCCAACCUGAGACCUAAGGAUGCUGCCGCCUUUGAGCGCCUGCUCCUUGCUUCACCCAACAGCUCCCUGCUGUGGCUCCAGUACAUGGCUCACCACCUACAGGCCACAGAGAUCGAGCAGGCCCGCACAGUGGCUGAGAGGGCUCUCAAAACUAUCUCUUUCAGGGAAGAACAGGAAAAGUUGAACGUGUGGGUUGCUCUAUUGAACUUGGAGAACAUGUAUGGCACAGAGGAGAGCCUCAAGAAAGUGUUUGAGCGAGCGCUGCAGUUCUGUGAGCCCAUGCCUGUAUACCAGCAGCUGACAGACAUUUAUGCGAAGUCCAGCAAGAUCAAGGAGGCAGAGGGUCUGUACAAGACGAUGGUGAAGCGUUUCCGUCAGCAUAAGGCAGUGUGGCUGAGCUAUGGGACCUUCCUGCUCCAGCAGGGUCAGAGUGAUGAGGCUAGUGCUCUCCUGCAGAGAGCGCUGAAAAGUCUACCCUCCAAAGAAAGUGUGGAUGUGAUUGGAAAGUUCGCUCAGUUGGAGUUCCGUUAUGGUGAUGCAGAGAAAGGUCGGGCCAUGUUAGAUAAAGUCCUGACGAGCUACCCCAAACGUACAGAUCUCUGGUCAGUCUUCAUCGACCUCAUGGUCAAACAUGGAUCACAGAAGGAUGUCAGGGCACUGUUUGAUCGUGUGAUCCACCUGAGUGUUUCAGUGAAAAAGAUCAAGUUCUUCUUCAAGCGCUACCUGGAGUAUGAGAAGAAGCAUGGCACUCCGCAGAGCAUCCAGGCAGUCAAAGAAAAAGCCAUGGAGUUUGUGGAAGCCAAGGGAACUGAGGCUGCCAACUAA